AGUAAAUUGGACCACUCACAUAUCCACAAGACCUAUCGAGAGCUUGUCUGUAGCGGUGACAUACCCUUAGCUUCUUAGGCCGACAUAUCAUUACCCCCACAGCUAAGAAGAUACAAGAUCUGUAAAGAUAUCAGACUAGGAGACAGAUCAACUACUAUCCAACGCGUAGAGAUGUCACGGUAGUAUUACCAUGUGGAUGCGACGGUGUUUAUGUGGGGUGCAUCGGAGCAGUCCGUUCCGUACGGUACCUACCUACCCACCUACCCACCUACCUAUUAAACGAUCGAAUCAGACGGAAGACGCCUCUCCCAACCGGGAUUUUUUUUGCAUGCCUCCUCAAAAGUUGAUCACGCCUGUGCUAUCCGCCGCACCGAUCCCGAGACCAUCCGACUGCUACCUGAAUCGCCGCUGGCGGGAGCUGAGACUAUCGGGCUAGGAGACAGCAGUGACAUGCACCCGCCUGCCUAAUGGGGAAGGACUCGGUACCUCGCAACUGGCCGCCCUCGAUCCGGUACCUCUCGCAGCCGUCGUACGCGGCGCACCUCACGGAAGCGCAGCGCGAGGCCGCCCGGACGCGGGGAGGGGGCGCGGCGGCGGAGAUACCGCGGGACCUGGCGCGGGGGCCGUCGGCGGCGGUGAGGAUCGUGGCGAUCGGCGAGGCGGCGCACCCGGCGCGCGGGCAGCGGGGGCUGUUCGCGGCGCGGCGGCUGGCGGCGGGCGCGCUCGUGCUGCCGUACUACGGCGUGGUGCACUCGGCGCUGGCGCCGCACGGCGCGGCCCACGAGGCGUCGGACUACGACCUGUGGCUCGACCGCGACGCGGGGCUCGCCGUCGACGCGCACGACGCCGGCAACGAGGCCCGCUUCGUCAAUGACUACCGCGGCGUGCGCGCCCGCCCCAACUGCGAGUUCCGCGAGUGCUGGGACCCGCGGCGCGGCGGCGAGCGGUGCAUGGCCGUCUUCGUCCUGCCCGCCGGCAGGAAUGCUGCGGGCAUCGCGAAGGGCGAGGAGUUACUCGUCAGCUACGGGAAGGGGUUUUGGAGCGAGAGGAGCGAUGAGCAUCGAGACGGUGGUGGCGGUGGCGGCGACGGUGACGGUGGCGACCCUUGGGCACCCAGGUAGUUCAUGCCAGGGACGAAGUGGAAAGACCGAGUACACGUACACGCAGGUCAGUUUCCAUCGAUAUAUACAGAGAAUCGCACACAACACCGAGCCAACCUUGUAGACUGAGAGGGCCGGACUGACAUGUCAUCAGUCUAGGAAGCCACCGACACAACUGCGAGACAUACCUAUGGCGCACCAUA